CAGAUCUGUCUCUUCACCGGUGAUUGGCUGCUGGAUCUGUAGCUCAGGAAAGGCACACAUGUGGCCAAUCACUGGCUAGGAGGAGAAACUUGGAGAGGAGGAGCCGAGCAGCAGCAUGAAGAUCGAAGAAGAUCGAGUGAGGGACCAGCCAGAGCCAGUGAAGAGGAGGAGAGCGGCCAGAGAAGGAAGACAGCUGAUGGGUAAGUGUCUGUGUGGCUUUAUGCUGGCUGUGGAUGGGAGAGGGAGGGGAAGCCCGGGCUGGAGCAGGGGUCAGCACAGCAAUGUAAGUAUCACUGUUGUCAGUGGG